ACUCUCUUGCCCUCCUAUUCGUUUAUUUGUCUCCAUUCUUUUCAUUUCUCUCUGAAAGUCAUUCUUUAUUUUUGCUCUCCUUGAUCCUGGGCUCCCUGCUAAAAGGUUACCUUUAAAAUGGAUUUUCCCUUCAGAAGCAUACACGAAGAUUCUGCAACUUCUCAGAUGGAAAUCCUCAGUUGUCCAUUUUUGAGAAACAUUAAUGAGCCGACAAACUUUUCUUUCUCGUCGUCCAUGCCCUUCUCUGCCUCAGUUACGAGGAGCAAGAGAUCCAAUAUUCGAAGAUGGGCCCAAUUUCGACAUGGCAUUCAGGCUUUUCCAUGGACAGGAUGGAGUAGUUCCGCUGUCACAACGAACUUCCUUGCAUGCUAAGAAAGAAGAGCCGGAAACAGCCCAACCCAAGUUCAAUCCAUUGGCUGCAAGGGCAGCCACCAUUAGUCUCUCAUCCUUUGGACUUGGGGGGGCAUUCAGUUUUGAUGCAUUUUCUAACAAGUGGAACAAUCAGAACGAAAAAUCAAAACCAUCCAAGAAAGAAUCUUCUUCACAGGGAGGAAAUUCCCAUCACGAGGCAUUCGGCAAUGAGUGGCUGCAAAACGGUAACUGUCCGAUAGCCAAGUCAUAUAGGGCUGUUAGCGGUGUUUUGCCACUUGUUGUCAAGGUUUUUAAACCGCCUCCAGGGAUGAAAUUCAGGUGCCCACCUGCUGUGGUAGCAGCCCGGGCAGCACUAUCGCAAAGCGCUUUCGCAAAGAACCUCCGCCCUCAGUCCUUGCCUACGAAAGUGCUGGUGAUAGGAAUGUUAGGCAUGGCAGCAAAUGUUCCGUUAGGAAUAUGGAGGGAACACACUAAAAAAUUCUCACCAUCUUGGUUCGUGGCCGUCCAUGCAGCUGUUCCAUUCAUAGCCAUGCUCCGGAAAUCUGUCUUGAUGCCCAAGACAGCUAUGGCUUUCACCAUUGGUGCAUCUAUAUUAGGACAGAUGAUCGGCUCUAGGGCAGAGCGAUAUCGGUUGAAAGCGAUAGCAGUCGAGGAAUCAUCUAUUUCUGUUGGUGCAGCAAAUCCGUUAGAAGGAAUUGCCUUUACAAAUGGCCGUUGCGGGAAAGAUGUCGAAUGGAAUCCCAUUUCUUUGGAGGCGGCAAGGCCUUCUUCAUCAACAGACAUGUUUUAUUAAUCAACUUCUCCCCCCCCUCCCCGAAUUGUAAGUUAA